CAUCAUGGCUCUGCAGCCUGCAGCGCUGUUAAUUGCUCUAAAGAAGUUAUUGCCCACGGUUUGACAUUUUAAUACUGACAUUUUAAAAACAUUUUAAAGGAAACAUCUUAAGUGUUAGUGCUGUUGUUGUUCCAGAUAAUGGCUCUUUCAAAGAGUUGUAGACUUUUUUAUUUUUUGAAGGGGGGAUGGGCUCUGAGGUGUGUUCCGGCGGUCCACCGCUGGAUGUCUCGCUUCCAUUAGAUAUGAGAGUGGAUGGAGGCGAGAGGAGACAGACAGACAGGCAGGGGAGGGAGGGAGGAGGAGGUGGUGGUGGCAACAUAUAAGCUUGAUUAUCAUGCAGUGAGUGAGAGUCGGUAAUAGAGCGAUCAGAGAGAGAGAGAGAGAGAGAGAGAGAGAGAGGACUCCUCCAGCGUCAGGCUCGGAUCGCUCAGUCUUGUCUUGUCUUUUCCUCCUCCGCUUCAGAUCGGAGGUGACAGGUGAUCGGCCGGUCUCGUCUGUCUGUCUGUCUCGCUCUGUCCAUCUGUCUGUCCGCCUGUCUGCCUGACUCCCAGCAGCGGAUGUUCUUGGCCAGGCUCCUUCUUCUUCUUCCCACCGCGGUGAGGCUGGACGGAUAGAACUCACCAUGGCGCAGGAACCGGAGGGGAACAACCGGCUCCUGCAAGACGUGCUGGUCAGACCGGGCAACGAUACGUGCGCGGACUGCGGCAAUCCAGAGCCGGACUGGGCGUCGCUGACUCUGGGUGUGUUCGUUUGCCAGGCCUGCUCGCUCCUCCACCGGAGCAUCCCCCACAUCAGCCGGGUCAAGUCGGUGCAGGACACGUGGGAUGCCAGCGACGUGGAGCUGAUGGCUGCUAUGGGAAACAACGCAGCCAAGGCCAAAUACGAGCAGAAGGUCCCGGCUUUCUACUACAGACCGACACACAGUGACUGCAAGCUGCUGAGAGAGCAGUGGAUCAGAGCCAAGUACGAGAGGAACGAGUUUGAGUUUAUCGAAAAACAGGAGCCUUACUCAGCAGGGUACCGAGAGGGGUUUCUAUGGAAACGAGGAAGAGACAACGGUCAGUUUCUCAGCCGAAAGUUCAUCCUGUCGGAGAGGGAGGGAGCGCUAAAAUACUUCAACAAGCAGGAUGCGAGGGAUCCCAAAGCGGUGAUGAAAAUUGAGACCCUCAAUGCCACCUUCCAGCCGGCUAAGAUUGGCAACCCCUGUGGCCUGCAGAUCACCUACCUGAAAGACAACAGCACAAGGAACAUCUUUGUCUAUCACAGCGAUGCUAAGGAGAUGGUCGACUGGUUCAAUGCUAUCAGAGCGGCCAGGUUCCACUACCUACAGGUGGCCUUCCCCGGAGCGAGUGACGAGGAGCUGGUGCCCAAACUGACCCGAAACUUCAUGAAGGAAGGCUUUAUGGAGAAGACGGGUCCAAAGCACACAGAGGGCUUCAAGAAGAGGUGGUUUACUAUGGAUGACAGGAGACUCAUGUACUUCAAAGACCCUCUGGAUGCCUAUGCCCGUGGCGAGGUGUUCAUCGGCAGUAAGGAGAACAGCUACACCGUCCUUUCCGGCCUGCCCCCAUCCACGCAGGGCUACCACUGGAACCACGGCAUCACCAUCGUCACGCCCGACAGGAAGUUCCUGUUUGCCUGCGAGACCGAGGCCGAGCAACGAGAUUGGAUAGCUGCCUUCCAGAGGGUCAUCAAUCGGCCGAUGAGGCCACAGGAAUAUGCAGUGGAGGCCCAUUUCAAACACAAGCCUUGAAGACCAAGAAGAGCCACAGCUCAGCUGGAUCGGCCCAGUCUCAAUCAGAUCAGAGACAAUCCCAACGUGUGACCGCAGACCAUGGUGGGAGGUGGUGGGGAUGGGUUUGGGGGGACAGAAAGGGGGGUUUCUGUUGGACUAAAAGAAGAGACAGUUUGACUCAAGUCUGUCUGUGUGUUGACACUUUGAACUCUAAUGGGACUAAAGGCCCGUCAUGGGUUGAAACACUGGUGAUCACUAAUGCGCCUACCAACCCUGUGCUAUACAUUAUCACCCUUCCUUCCCCCCCAACCCUUUCCCCUGCAACAACCUCCAGAUUUUGUCUCGUGAAUGGUUCAUUCUACUUGUAAUCUAAUGUAAUUAUGUAAUCUAGAGUCAUUUCACUGGUUGCUUAACAAAGACAAUGCAUUGUUAAUUUAUUGAAUGUACAGUUUUGAUGACAGUGGCUUACCGUGUGUGUGUGUGUGUGUGUGUGUGUGUGUGUGUGUGUGUGUGUGUGUGUGUGUGUGUGUGUGUGUCCGCGUGUGUGUGGAAUUGUGACGUUUUUGUUGAGGACGCUGUGAGGUCGAACUGCUGGCACUGGCACCCUGUUAUACCUGAAACUACAAAGUGCUGUUAACAACAAAUAUGCAUAAAAACCACACAAACUCUCAGUGAUCACCGUCGCUGUUAACGUAGCCGGAGGUGGCUGAUCUGCAUCCAGACAGGGUUCUUUUACAACCUCAAUCUGACAGCUGUUCUCUUAUUUAUUUGUACUGUUGAACAUACUGAGUCAUCGUAGACAGUUGUUGCUGCUUUAAAGGAUUGUAAUGUGACAGGAUUGUAAUUUAUAUAACACUUCUACAACUGUUUUAUUUACGUUUUUUGCAUCUUGUUUUAAAAGACACAUUGUUGUGUUGACGUUAAAAUCACAGCGACAGUUUGUUUCGUUAUAAAAAUGUUAAGAUUAAUACAGUUGAUGCUGAAAUCGCGUGUCUGUGU